UGCAUGAGAUCGAAUUUUGAUAUCCUGCCCGGCUUGUAUUUGUCAACCCUUGCAAACUAUCUUUAAAUAAAUCAUUCGGGGAAAAACUGGACGCGGACCCAGUUUUGCCCAUCAUCUUAAAUCAUUUGUUUUAAUACUGAUAUUUAUAAACUGCCAACAUGCACGCCCUUAAAUCACCAAAUCAAAUAAUCUGACUUGCUUUAAACUGAAUUUAACAAAACCGCUGCGAUGUUGACUUAUUCACAAGAAAUACAUGUAGCGGCAUAAUAGCACCAUUCUCCCGUAGUUAGAUAAUCCCUCAAUGAAAAAUAAUUUAUUCAGAUUAAAUGUUAAAACUUUUGUUAUUAUAUUUCAAAGUUGAAAACUAAUUUCAAAGGCAAGAGUAGUAUAAGCGAACAAUUAGUGCUAAUGAGGUCAUUAUCUAAUGACCGCUGCAACUUUCUCUUAAUGACCGCUACACUUUGGCCGCUACAAUUUUGCUAUAUGUCAUACAAUAUAUAAGACCAAAGAAAAUUUAGGAAAAUAUUCAGUGUUGUUCUCGUGUUUGUUCUUGAAGAAGACGUCUUGGUGUAUUGUGAAAUUAAGAUGCCUGGAAAACGUGUAUCUUCUAUGCCAUUGAAAAAAUCAUCUCCGAAGCGUUUUAAAGCCCCAGGUGAUGGUGGAUGUGUAGAAGAAGAGGAAAUUAGUGAAUUUACCAACCUGCAACCCUCAACAUCUAAGGCAACAGAAUCAGUGAAUGCUUUAAAAAGACGCCUCCCUAACUUCGAAGAUGGUCCUUUAGAUACACUUGUAAAUCAAAUCGGUGCUGGUCAAAUUGACGAUAAUGAAGUCUUUGAAAAUUUUGCUGAUGAAUUUAACUUUAUUAAUAAAAAUGGAGAAAAUGAAUCAUUCAUAAAAAAGUUUAAUACAUUAGCGAGACGUAUGAGGUUUUCCUUUAAAGAUAAUGCGCCGGAGAAUCCAAUUGAAUGGAUGCAAAAUGCAAUUGAAGAACUGUUGGCGCACAUUUUUAGAGGAUUUUCAAGUGAUGACUAUGUCGGCUUAGUUCUCGAAAAUGAAGAAUUCCCCGAGCGACCUGUUUACAUUUCCUUCCGCAAAUUAUCCCAAUAUAAUGUCGCAAUGGUGAUGGAAACUGUAGGAAAUGUUCUUCAGAGCAAUCGUGCGUUCUUUGUUAAUGAUCGUUUAUCGAUACGGGUGGACAGGGUGGCUUUACCUGUGGGAAAAGGAUUUCGUACCGCCACCGAUGGAUUAGCCAAUGUGUGUGUGUGUGUGUCGCGCCCGUCCCCGCGCCGCCGCCACCCCGUCCCGCGCCCGUUCCCGCGCCGCCGCCACCCCGUCCCGCGCCCGUUUCCGCGCCGCCGCCCCGUCGUCCGCGCCGCGCCCCGUCCGCGUCAUGCUGGUGAGUAACGAGAUAUAAGGAAAGAAAGAAAAAACAUGGAUCUUGCAAAGUCUUUAUUUAUUCAUGAAAUAUUUGUUAAACAUUUUGUUGCAUAGUUUGUCAUUAUUGUGAAAAUCUUUGUUAAAUAACUUUAGAAAAUCAUCAACAGAAUUGCCUAAUGCGUAGUUUAAAAGAAAUAAAGUACAGUAUUUGCCACAGACGGUUGAAGAAAAAUCUUGAAUUUGAGAAAUAUUGUAAGACCACAUCAUAGCAUUUUUUCUAAGAAAUUUUAAAAUAUUCGGAGGCGGCUGAUUUCCAAAACUAUCAAAGAAGUAUGCGAAACCAAAUUUAUCAAUGUAAACAGCCAUCCAAUGACUACCCGGGAGGUAAUCAGGGUCUCUGUUGAUAAUAACCAUAGAGGGUCUGGUGAUUAGGACAGGUAGAGUGUUAUACGCAGAAACAAGAACGUGGUGUCUUUUCUUCCGAGAGAUCAUCUCCAGACACGUUUUGAGUUGUAAAGUAUUCAUUGUACCAACUAGCCAAGUUUUGUACGUUUUGAACAGCGCACACCGAAUCGCUGAUUAUAUGAUUCACACAACAAUUCGUAUCAAAAUGUUCUCUCAAGUAACGAAGCGAUGGACACUCUAAAUCUUCAAUGUUUACAAUUUGACUUUUUGGUAAACGUUUCAAAAGUAGACGCUUCUUAUCUAUUCCUUUCACGUAUAUACACUUUGAAUUUUUCGUAGUUUCAUUCAAUAUUUCAGACAACUUUUCGUAGUCGUAAUUACCGCAGUUCCAAGAAAGCCCGUGAAAGUUAUUCGUCAACCAAUCGGCUUGCUUCUGAUAACGAUGCGGUAAGGUUGAAAGAUCAUCGGGUGGUUUAAACAAAAAGAUGUCUGGUGCGCUUUUGUUCGUAUUAAAUACAGCUAAUUCUUUUAUGGUUAAAGUUUCGGUACAAUUACCGUAAUUGAACCCUUGAAAAUCCACAAACACAACCAUUUCGGAUGACGGGUAAAAUGAAAGUAGCAAAUUUUUCAUUUGUAAUAGCAAUUUAUUUAUCACUUAUAUAAAUUUAUCAACUACUAUAAUCUACAAUUACAUUACGUUUUUUAUCAAUUUCUAUUACACUAUCAAAUUCACCAUACACUAAACAAUUGACAGUUUCUGUAAGAGCAGUGUUAAAACCAACUUCUAUUCGUAAACUUCCGUUCUUUAUCAAAUUCCAUGAAAGAGCAUUAUGCGAUGAUAAGUCAGGUGUCAAAUCAAAAACAGCUAUUGAAUAUCCAUCAGCAUAAUUAUCACGUGAAAUCCCAUUUCCAGUGUUUAGAAAAUGUAUACCAGUACCAGAAAAUAAUGUGUGGUACAUUGAAACAAAUUUCUUAUUUGGACCGAUAAAUGUAGGUUGUAAGGGUUUACUAGGAAUUUGGUUACCAUCCACGUACAAGGAUAGAUAGUUUAAACCAAAGUUUUCGAAAUUAAAUGGAUUUAAGGAAUAAUCACCGUUAAAUGCUUUAUUUGUCACAAAGCACAAUGCACAUCUUUUUGGAAGUUGGCCCAAAUAAACAUUAUCCAAUGAUUUUCCUUGUACUCCUUGCGGUAUAGUCAAAACCUUUAAUUCUGUUCGCGUAAUUGGAUAUUUUGCAGUUGAAAGCUCUAAAGCCUUUGCAUGCGCAAGUAAUACGCUUGGAUUUAUCCGAUUUCUUCUAAUCAUUAGAGUUGCAUCAGUAAUUUGAAUUUUUCCAUUAAGAUUAUUUGAUGACAUCAAUGCAAAACUAUCACGAGAACGUACAAAUUUUAAUCUCAUUUCUACACCGUUGAUUAAAAAUUUUUCUUGAUUAAAUAUAUCACAAUUUAAGUGACCAAUAAGAUCGACUUCUUUACUCGUCGACGUUAGUUUGAGUCUAUUGGCGAAUCCACUGUUCUCAUUGGUUACUACAUUCAUUUUGCCUGCCGUAUCGGCGUACCAUAAUCCACAAGUUAAAUGGGAAUUCUUCGCCCCUGAGUCAUAAUUUAAAAGUGUCUCCAAAUAACAUUUAUAAGCGUAUGUAUUAUUUGGUGGUGAAAUCAGUUUUUGAUUUAGGUAUACAUCAACUUGACUAAACAUUGAGUGGAGAAUAUUAUUAACUGGACCAAUUGUAUCUUCAGCGGUAUAAUUACUACCGUCAUCUUUGCAUAUUUUAAUACAAAGUGAAAGUAAAGUUUGCGAUAAAUCUAUAUAGUCUUCACCACCUGGUAUUACAAAUUCUAAAGGACUAUUUUCAGAUAUACUAGAUACAGUUUUGUAAUGAACCCAUUGACCGCUUUCGAUGCUUGUUUGAGUUGGCGGUAAAGCAAAAAGAUCCAAUUCACUUUUCGCGCACUCACAACUAUGAGGAUGUAAAAACGACAUUCUAGCUAAAGAUAUCUUGAUGUUUAAUAACUGAACUCGUUUUACACUUCUUUGCAGAACGACGUGAAGAACUAUUCUGACUUUUAUUUUGUACUAGCCUUCUUUUUAUAGAUCCAGAUCCUACCAAGUUGUCUAAUUUAUCUUGAGCUUUUCGUUUCAAAUUUUCAACUGACUCAUUUACACGUGUCUUGAAUGCAUCCUUUACAGGCACCUCAUUAACAAUGUCGCCAAGAAAAUUUGAACCAGUGCGUAGUGUUUCCUUACCAAUUGUUUUAACACCACUCUUUAUUAACGGCAUUACCGUACGAAAAAGUCCCCGUAAAAAACUACCAAUACCAUAACCCUUUUGGUAACUAAUUCCUUUGUAAAUAGCACCUACACCUGAACCAGCUUGAUUGAUGUAGUAAUCGUGAUAAUGACAUGAAGGCAUUACGAAAUUUUUUUAAAAUGAAGUUUAACGCACACUGUUCCAAACUGAAAUGGCACUUUCUCACCAGUUGCACUUCUUAUAUCAAUUUCAAUGUUUUCAAAUUCCCUUUUCAACAGAGGCACGUAAUGCGGAUGCGAAAAUAAUUGCGUAUGAUGUGUACCGUAAAUGUAGUGUUUAUUAUCGAUAACAACGAUUCGAAUUACUUUUGCCAUUAUAUCGCCCACCAAUUGUGGUUCAAUUAUAUCACUGUAUACGAAAAGUUGUGAAGGCAAACCCAACAUAAUGUUUGCUGGAUGUGUUGAAGUUUUACUCAGUACAUUUGUAUCCGGUUGAAAACCUAAUUGUAGACUUAAUGUCGGUGAAAAUGAUAGACUUGUCAGAUAUUUGCUACUGCUUGUUACAGUUACUCUUUUUGAACCAUCAUUUAAUCUGAACUCAACAUUAUCUUUUACUAAAACUCUUACCGAGUUUAGAGCAUCCACAAUAGAUUCGAUCGUUUCGUAGUUACCAGCUUCAAGCUUAGUCUUAUAUUUCGUCAUAAUUACAUCGUGUUCAAAUGUGAUCGUUUUCAUUUUAAGAUCGCGCAUGAAUUCUUUCGAAGACUUGUAUUUCCUUCUUCGAACCUGAUCAUCGAUCCAUGUCGCAAAACGGGGAUCUUUAAACAAUAUGUCAAUGGCUUUUUCACCUUUUUGCAUAAUCGCCGAUAAACUAAAUUCAAAAGAGCAGUAAAUAAUAUUUUCACCACUGUUGAUGGUUAAGAAGGAACACGGAUACUGUAUUUCCGAAAGUCCCACACACCAUUCACCAUCCAAAUGAACAGUUUUUGGAAGUUGUGUGCAAAAGUGCGUUGUUGUAUUUUCGGGAAAGUAAUUGGUUGAGCUGUUUGAUACCAAAGUUAAAUAAAAUUCGUUAUUCAUAUCGAUGUAAGGGAACUGCACGGAAUCCACGAGUUAAACUUUGAAGGAUAAUUUUUCCACUGCACAAAAAUUUCACAUUUACCUCUUUUAUAUCGCUUCUUCAAUACUUUUUCAAUGUGAAAUGUACUCUGGGGGUCGUACGUUACGCGCUGUAAUUCGGGGUGAUAGAAGACGCCCUCUAUUGGUUCAUCCAUUAAAUCGGAAAUUUUGUACACAACGGGUUGUCUCAUUAUAACAUCAGUUAUUUUGAAUAUUUCACCGCUCCAAUUACUCAUGUAGCCUUUUUCAAAUACGUGCUUGUACUUGGUGAUUCUGACGUAAUCUCCAACUUUGUACACAUUUUCGAGUUUGAUCGUUUUAAUAUUCUUCUUUCUCGUACUCAUAAUGUUAUCGUAUACUUGCGCAACGUUGUCAGGAUUUACCUCGUUAGGAGCCAUUUUAAUAGUACGAUGAUAAGAAUUAUUGUAAGAGUGCAUGAAUUCGGGUAAUACAUCAAUGUAUUGCAUAUUAUUUGCAAACGUAAAAUAUUUAUGCAUUUUUGUUUUUAAAGUUUUAUUGAACCUUUCUACCACAGCAGCUUUUACAUCAGGAUUAUUUGUUACAUAAUAAUUUAUAUCAUAUUGUUUAAACAAUUUUUGGACAUUUUUCGCUAGAAAUUCUUUUCCCUUGUCAGUCUGAAGAUUAACCGGAACACGCUCAUCAAAUAUUUCUUUAAAAGCUGCAGCCACUUCAUUUCCCGUCUUUGUGUAUAAAGGUUUAACCCAUGCAAACUUGGAAAAUACAUCGAUGACAGUUAAUAGGUAAUUUACACCUCGAUUAUGUUUUGCGAUGUUUCUCAUAUCUAUUAAAUCAGCUUGAAAUAAAUCGUCUAUGUUGGUUACAUGAUAACUAUUUCUAGGAAAUCGACGACGAACUUGCUUAUGUAAUGUAUAAGAUUCCACACCUUCUAGCCAUUUAUUAAUUUUUUUCUUAUGUAUAUUUGUAAACUUAGCUAAGUUGUUAGGACUCGAAAAACCAAGAGGGUCACGAGGUAUAAAAUAUCUUUCCUUUAUUUCAUCCAUUUUUGUCUACUUGCUUUCAUACGGCGACCAAGGAACUCUCAAGCGUUUUUGUUUUCUUGAUGACGAUCGCAUUGAUUUCUUCGUUAUUUGACUAUCCUCUUCUUCUUCUUCUUCUUCUGUGUCAAACUUUGACGACGAUAUUGGUUUUACUUUCACUUCGUUUUUUACUUCUUGCUUUUCAGCACCUUGUUCAUUUAUAUAUUUCAAACGUUUUGGAUUAAUUAUAAGAGUACGUGGAACGUUUAUUUUAUACAAAAUUUCCGCAAAAUUUUUCCAUCCGACAGGCUCGGCAUUUAACUUAUUACUACUCUUCAUAACAUCAGUGAUUAGAUCAAAUAUAUUGGAACCAGGAAUUGUGUUUCCAUCGUAGAUAACGUUUCCGGUUUCAUUCCAUGCAACUCCAUUGUGUGUUAAAUUGUUUAACAAAGCAUUCGCUUUAACUUGUAAGGGUCUUGGUAGGGAACUCAAAAUGUUUCGAGUAAUUCGUUCAGAUUGUUCUAAUUGAUUUUCUUUAGAAUAAAUCACAGGUAUGGUAACAGGUUCACGAGAACGACUUAUCAUUUUUAGAUAUCUUUGAAGCACUUGAUUAUACAAAAUCCAUUUUUCAUUAUCAUCAAUGUUUUUCGUAUCUAUGAUUCUUUUCAUUUCAUGAUCUAAAUCAUUUAGGGUGUUUGGCUGAGUGCUUUUGUUAUUAUGCAAACGUUCAAGUUCGGAUGAAUCAAUGAGUACCAUUUUUUUCGUAUGUUCCAUUAUUUAUUAAAUAAAUGACCCAACACACCCGAAAUUAUUGGAGCCAACAACAAUGGUAAGAAAGCACCUCCUUUUUGCACAAUUAGUUUCUUUUUUCUCUGGAGAGAUAAUUUACGAUUUACUAAAUUUCUCAGUAAUUUUUUAUGUUUCUUUAAUUUGCUCUUUUGAGAACCAUUUAAAGGAACUUUCCCUAAUAACGUAUUGUGAGCGCACUCGCAUAUACAAUGCACCAAGUUUUUAUCGGCAGAAUUAAGAAUUGAUUUACGAUAAACAGGUGUUGUUCUAUGCAAAAAUUUUAAUAACUCGGCGUUUCUUUCUAACGCUCGCGACAUCUCAACGACGACUGACGCAUAAACUACUUACUUUUAUAUUUAUAAUCUCUCUUAGGUAUGUAUGCAUAAGAAGGUUCUUCAUCAGGUAGAAUAUUUGUUCGAAUACGGAAUUCAUCUGGAGUAUCUUGUUUUAAAUCAAUCAACAAAUAACCAUGCGGUCUCAUUGUGGCAUCCUUAUAAGCUUCCUGGAUAAAUUUUAUAUUUUCAGGAAAAAUCUGUCUAGCUAAGAAAUUAAUUUGAGCUUUAUCACGAGGAUUUUUAAAAUAAACGAUAUAGUUCGCA